AUGGAAUCUUUUGGGAUGGGUGCAAACGGCGCUAAUUAUACAGAAGUAGACGAUGCGUUCAAACCAGAUGAUCCGUUUCUGGGACCCUUAAAAUCCGUCGCGCCGUGGAACUUCAAAGUGUUUGCUGCGUGGAUGCUCCUAGUCACGUCGCUAUCUUUGUCCGAGAACUUUUUGGUUAUGUUCGCCACCUACAAGUUUAAACAGCUUAGACAGCCUUUAAACUAUAUCAUUGUUAAUUUAUCUUUGGCUGACUUUCUCGUGUCGCUGAUCGGAGGGACGUUAAGUAUUGUCACAAAUUACCGUGGGUAUUUCUUCUUGGGGACGUGGGCAUGUGUACUGGAGGGAUUUGCGGUCACUUUUUUUGGUAUAGUGGCUUUGUGGUCCCUGGCCAUCCUUGCGUUCGAGCGCUUUUUUGUGAUCUGCAGGCCCUGGGGAAACACCCGUCUGCGGGGCAAACAUGCAACACUGGGUCUGCUGUUCGUCUGGGCAUUCUCCUUCAUCUGUACCAUCCCACCUGUGCUGGGAUGGAGCAGCUACACAGUCAGCAGGAUUGGCACCACCUGUGAGCCCAACUGGACCCCCAUGAUUCAUAUGGUUAUCAUCACUUUCUUCAUCACUUGUUUCAUCCUGCCUCUCGGUGUCAUCAUUGUGUGCUACAGCAAGCUCCUGAGGAAGCUCAGAAAGGUUUCCAAUACCCAUGGGCGGUUGGUGAAUACCAGGAAACCUGAGCGGCAGGUGUCUCGUAUGGUAGUGGUGAUGAUUUUAGCCUUCAUGGUGGCUUGGACCCCAUACGCACUGUUCUCAAUCAUCGUUACUAUACAGCCCACCAUCUACCUGGACCCCCGACUGGCUGCCGUACCUGCCUUUUUUGCCAAAACUGCUGCAGUCUAUAAUCCUGUUAUCUACGUCUUCAUGAACAAACAGUUCAGGAAAUGUCUGACUGAACUCUUCAGUUGCGGCAAAAGCACCACAGAGGAGGUGAACCUGACCAAGAAGCAUGCAGACAUGACUGGUGAGAGCAACACGGGAGAAAUGUCCUCCGUAGCUGCUCGGGUUCCCAUCGCCAGCCACGUCCUGGCAAAAUCCAACGAGGAGCCCAGUAAUUCCAGCUCUUACUCUGAGCUACGCAUCCCUGAGAACAAAGUCUGCCCCGUGUAA